CCCUUGCCGUGGAUUGGGAGAGAACUACGUUAUAAGACUGUUACCUUAGUGGAUCUGCCCUGCCUAUCUUCUACCUAGGUACCUGCACCUGCCUAGAGAUUGUUUGCAGCCUGCAAACACGCUCCCGUCCUUCACAUCACUACCCGUGCGUGCCUCCUAGUUACCUUAUAUUACAUCCACAUCAACCUGCGGAAGUAUACAACUGCUGUACCACAUUCCGCAUACCGGAGUCAUGGCACCAGAAGCCAUUGAGACGAAUGGCCCGUUGAGUCCCGGAGCCGGCGUCCUCAAACGAGCCAACACAAACGAAGACUGGACGCCUAACACAGUCCUCGACACUCUCGCCGAACAACCUCACCAGCACUCAACCUCACCCCUCCCAUUUUUCCACCUCCUCGAGCGCCUCAAGACCACCAAACGCGAAGGUUGGCGACGCUUUGCAAUCAAUCAUGGCGAAAGCAUUUCCGAUCACAUGUACCGCAUGGCCAUCAUCACGAUGCUCUGUCCCCCGGCUCUCGCGAAACGGAUAGACUUGGCCAAAUGCACGCGAAUGGCGCUGAUACAUGACAUGGCGGAGGCUUUGGUUGGUGAUAUCACGCCGGUGGAUGGAGUGAGCAAGGUGGAGAAAAGUCGACGAGAAGCAGAUACCAUGGAUUACAUGACCAAGACACUCCUGGGAAACGUGGACUCCGGUACGGCAGGAGCGAGCAUGAGGGACAUCUGGCAGGAAUACGAGGAUAGUGAGACCUUGGAGAGUCAUUUCGUGCAUGACGUGGAUAAGAUGGAGUUGUUAUUACAGAUGAUAGAGUACGAGAAGAAGUUGGAGGGACAGGUUGAUUUGGGCGAGUUCAGUCGAGUGGCCAAGAGAAUCGUAUUGCCGGAAGUGCAACAAUGGGCGAAUGAACUGCUUGUUGAGAGGACAAAAUUCUGGCAGAGUAAGGGCAAAGAGCCGACGGGCGUGAAGGAUAUUUCGGAGGAGAUGAAGGGUAAGCAGGAUGAGUAUUAUGGCAAUGGGACGUCAUGAACAGUACGCAGUGGUGGCGUGCUGGUAUGACCAGUGGAAUACAGCAGGCGUCAAGCCAUUAGGCGGACGGAACUGCAUUGUCCCAAGAUGCAGGAUGAUAGACGCCGGAUCCAUCGGCCGCACCUUCGUCCGGCGGGAAGUGGGCC